AACAAACGUGCAUGCCCAAAAGAUUGCCCAUUCCAGUCAAGGGCAUUUCGGUCAUUACACACCACACUCCACCUUCCUUCUCAUCUCACUGUCUCACAAUUCCCGUCUCUAUAUCAAAAAAACCCAAACCAAAAACACAGUCAUCACAACUAAAAAAAAUAUUUUCUCUUUCUUUCUCGCGAACCAAACAGAGAAAUGAAGAACCGCCAUUUUUCUCCCGAGAAGAAAUGGUCCAUAAUCGCCGCCCUCUCCGGCCUAGUCGGCGGCGUACUUCUCAUCUCCACUUUCCUCCGAGUCACCGACAAUCCAAUCACCUGUAAUCUACGGCGAUCUACUCCAAUCGAGCCGAUCCAACUCAACGCGAUUCUUCACUACGCCACAUCUCACAUCGUCCCUCAACAAUCUCUGGCCGAGAUCAGAGUCUCCUUCGAUGUCCUCCGAUCUCUCUCCCCCUGCAAUUUCCUCGUCUUCGGACUCGGCCACGAUUCUCUGAUGUGGGCCUCAUUCAACGCCGGUGGGACCACGCUUUUCCUCGAAGAAGACCCCAAAUGGAUCCAAACCAUUCUCAAGAACGCUCCGGAUCUGAGAGCCCACCACGUCAAGUAUCGAACCCAACUCUCCGAAUCCGACGAUCUUCUCAAAUCGUACCGAUCCGAACCGGACUGUUCGCCGAUUAAAUCGUUUGUAAAAAACAAUGACAAGUGCAAGUUAGCAUUGGUGGGUUUGCCUGAUGAGGUGUACGAUAAGGAGUGGGAUUUGAUCAUGAUUGAUGCGCCGAGGGGUUUUUUUGCCCAGGCGCCGGGGAGGAUGGCGGCGAUUUACUCGGCGGCUGUGAUGGCGAGGAAUAGGAAAAGAUCUGGUGUGACGCAUGUGUUUUUGCACGAUGUUGAUCGGAGGGUGGAGAAGGCUUAUGCGGAGGAGUUUUUGUGUAGAAAGAAUUUGGUGAAGGGUGUGGGGAGGCUUUGGCAUUUCGAGUUACCGCCUGUUGCUAACUUCAGCGGUGGGAGUGGCGGCGGUUCUGGGUUUUGCUAGGGUGAGCCGGGCGGUGGGUGUUCUAGUCUGCGCCUAAUGGUGUAUUGUGUAUUUUAUUUUAAGAAAAUAUUUGGUAGUUUAAAAUUUUAUGGUUCAAAUGGCUUAAAUCUGUCAAAAUGACGUCGUUUUACACUUAAAAUCUGUCAAAACGGCAUCGUUUUAAAUGAUUUGAACCAUUUAAAUCAUAAAAUUUUAAGCUACCUAUCAUUGUUGUUUAUUUUAUUUUAUUGGAUUAUCUUCAUUAACACA